AUGGACAAGAUCCGGAUAUCGAAGGUGGAAGAUGUGACAUUAUGGCGACAAGGACAAAAGGCCAUAGGGAUCCUCCAUCUGACUCCCCACCACCUCAUCUUCACAUACAUCCCUCCACCAUCGAAGCUCCCCAGCGACCAGCAACCACCACCCGACAAGCCUCCCAGGCAACGAGAAAUAUGGAUCACCUAUCCUAUGAUUUCAUUCUGCACAUACCGACCUGCCUACGUCGCCACCCUCUCGCGACAACAUUCGUCCAUCCGUCUGCGAUGUCGAGACUUCAUGUUCGUGGCUUUCCAGUUUGUGGUGGAAGAGCAGGCAAGACAGGUCUACGACACCAUCCGCUCCCUGACCUGCAAACUGGGACGGAUCGACAAGCUCUAUGCUUUCAGCUAUGAGCCCCAGAGUCCGGAGAAAGAGCUCAACGGCUGGGAUCUGUACGACGCUGCGAAAGAGUGGCGGAGGUUAGGGGUCGGGGAGAAAGACUCGGACAAGGGAUGGAGGAUAUCUACCAUCAAUCAGGACUAUAAGUACUCUCCAACAUACCCCGCGCUUCUUCCUGUCCCAUCCUGCAUAUCCGACAAUACGCUGAAUUACGCUGGCCGCUACCGCUCCAAGGUCCGAAUCCCGGUCCUAUCCUACCUUCACCCCAUCAACCACUGCACCAUCACACGAAGCUCGCAGCCUCUCGUGGGCGUGCGGAACCACCGUAGCGUACAAGAUGAGCGGCUGUUAGCUGCCAUCUUCGCAACCUCGGAAAGGGGAGGGGAGUCCAUGGAGUCCUCGGCCUCAUCCGCGUCUAAUGUGACCGUUGAAGGAGCAUCAGGACCGAGUCAGGGUGGAUCGAGUCAGGGAGAACCGCCACUCCCGGCGACGGAAGAUGGUUCAUAUGCGGACGCUGAAGCAAUCGAAAACCAAGUACUUGCUCGCAUGAAUGGUCAAAGAGAAGAAGGAAUGGUCAAGGUAUACGGUGCGCAACAAAGUAACCUCAUCGUAGAUGCCAGACCGGGCAUCAAUGCUUUGGUCAACCAUGCUCAAGGGAUGGGUUCCGAAAACAUGGAUAACUACAAGUUCGCAACCAAGGCCUAUCUGGGGAUUGGUAAUAUUCAUGUUAUGAGAGAGAGUCUCCAGACCGUGAUCGAGGCCCUGAAAGAUGCGGACUAUACGACGUUACCACCGAACCGAGAACAACUCACAAAGAGUGGAUGGAUCAAGCAUAUCACCAGCAUCCUCGAUGGUGCGGCGCUGGUCGCACGUCAAGUUGGGAUCCAUCAUUCGCACGUCCUCAUACAUUGCUCGGAUGGCUGGGAUCGCACCAGUCAAUUGAGCUGCCUCGCCCAGAUGUGCCUCGAUCCCUACUACAGGACGCUGGAGGGGUUCAUGGUCCUCGUUGAGAAAGACUUCCUCUCAUUCGGACACAUGUUCCGCCAUCGAUCCGGCUUCCUCAGCAGUGAGAAAUGGUUCGAUAUUGAAAACGAGCGUAUUGGUGGUAACAGGGUGACAUCAGGUCUCGCCGAUCCUACAGCUAACAUUGGUCCCGGCAAAGCUCUCGAGAAUGCUCUCCGCAGCGCGAAAGGAUUUUUCAACCGAAGCAACGAAAGCCGCGAAAGCCUGCCGGGCUCCGAUUCCGACAUGCAAGGACGCGACUCCCCAUCCGCACCCCUCGUGGACCCGCAUCCGCCGAAUGAGAGGCACGCCACGAAAGUCAAAGAAACCUCCCCCGUCUUUCAUCAAUUCCUCGACGCCACCUACCAACUCCUCCACCAUCACCCCACCCGCUUCGAGUUCAACGAACGCUUCCUCCGCCGUCUCCUGUACCACCUCUACUCCUGCCAAUACGGCACAUUCCUCUUCGACUCCGAGAAAGAGCGCGUCGACGCCAACAUCCGCCACCGCUCCCGCUCCGUCUGGGACUACUUCCUCUCCCGCCGCCCCCAGUUCAUCAACGACAAAUACGACCCCGUCGUCGACGACAACGCUAAGGGCAAGGAACGCAUGCUCUUCCCUGAACUCGACAACACCCGCUGGUGGUUCGAGCUCUUCGGCCGCACCAACGAGGAGAUGAACGGCCCGCCCGUCACCGCGCAAGCUUCGUCGUCCUUCGCCCCGAGCGAGACGCAAGUGCAUUCGGAUGGUCCCCAGACCGUGCUUAGUGCCGUCGAGCGCUCGGAGCGGAAUACUACGAUGACCACGCUCGUCGACCCUGGCUCGCGACCCGCCUCACGACCGCGGACGCCCAUACCGAAAGGCGACCGCGCGCCACCACCCCAACCCACUACCCACCUCGAAUCAGAGAAGCCAGUCAGUCAGCGCAAAGAGACAACCCCCGUGCCGACCAUCGACCCUGUCAUCUCCGAGAAAGACCCCGAGCCUUUCACGGAAAUCGACAGCAGCGGCGACAGCGACGAAGAUCCGCUCGGGGGGUUGCCCGUGCAGAAAAACGAGGGGUCUGGGUCGUUGACGGCGGGGUUCGCGAAGCGGGGACGGUCGAAGAGUCCGCAUGCGAUUGAAGAGAUGACGGUUAUGGGGACGGAGGUGACGCGGUGA